AUGGGAAAUAUGAGCCUCGAGGGCGUCUCAUCCAACCAGCUGGCAUCUCCCGAGCUUAACCAGGACCACCUCAACCAUGACGAGAAGACGAGUGGCAGUGUCACUCGAUUCUUUGGGAAUAUGAUGAUUGCCAGGAUUGGCCGCGCCUCCUGGCAGUCGAUGGAGUCAACAGCCAGACUCCCAUUUUACCUCUCCCCAUGGGGCGACAACACGCCUUUCACCCUCCCAAACGUCCGCAAACGUGACCUUGCUCUCGCUGGUGUUUCGCACUUCGGACUCGACGCCCUCGGAGUCUCUGCUGUCACCGUCAUGGAAAAGGCCGUCGAGACGACCGCCGAGCAAGGGGUAGACGAGGGCCUAGCCAAAAUCACGGGUAAAUACGGCAAGGCUCAUCAAGUCGUACGCAAGAUCGGCGUGAACAGCAUCACAUUGAAAAUCAGGCAUAAACUUAUUGGCGAGGGCGCCGAGCUUGUGUUCCAAGGAGUGAGGAGUACAAGUGACUGGAUGGGCUGCGCCAAGGGCUGGUUCUGUCCAUACCUGUACGCCAGUGGGAGGGAGCCCGAGAUACCAAGAAGCAAGGAUUUUGCCAUGGCACAGCUUCUACGGCCGCGAUUGGCGGCGGAUGCGAGAAUCGCACCUGUGUUGCUGAGCUCGUUCACCGACGCUGAUACGCCAAUCCUGGCGCCCCUUGGUUGUCCUUGGGAGGACCAGAGUUUCAAGCCGACAGCGCCUGCCUACCCGAAGUUCCGGCGAGUCGCCAUUUUUAUAACAGGAAUUUCGCCAUACCGGUAUAUCACCUCGCAGUCGGCGUGGUCGCACUGCAGGAUCCCCAACGAAGCAAAAAUAACGUUCCAUUUGUUUACACAUGUCCCAGCCAUCGUGCUUCCGGUUAGAGACCAGUCGCCCAUACUGGCUUGGAGCCCGUGGACAAUCGCACGAAUGUUCGAGAAGAAGACGAAGUACGACGUUGCAACGCAUGUCAAGGAGCUCCUGAGCUUCAUCGAGACGAUCAUAGAUGAGAAGACGGCCAGGGAAAAUGCAGAAUGGCGAGACAUCGUGGAGGCCGCCCUGCGGUCGAUGCUUGGCACGGUGCUCAACGUGCCCGAUGCUAUUCGCGAGACGUCCAAGAAGAAUUUAAACGACUCUUCUCUUCAAGUCAAAUCAUAUCAUCUCCUCACAAAAUUCAUCAUGUCUAACUUCCACCACACCUGCGAGAUCCCCAGCGUCCGCAUCGACGAUGGUCACAUCCUCCGAUGCCGUGUUGCCCGUGAGGACGGCGAGUACGUCGAUGCUGAGAUCAACCUGAACUCCUGCAUCGGAAACGAGAACGGCCACUUCUUCUGGGGAGGCGAGAACUUCCUCGAGACCGCCGAGGAUGUCCGCUUCCACAUCGAGGGCGACAACCAGCCCAUCUUGCGUGCCAGACUCCGUACCAUCGACGGCGAGUACGAGGACCGGGACAUCAACCUCGCGGAGAGGAUCAUGAACAGGGAUGGAAACCUGUGCUUCGAGAACUAA